CCGAGAUCACCCACUACCCUUGAUGGUGAGUAUUUAGCCCUGCUUGGCCAGUCGACGGCGCCUUUCCGCAGCGCCCAAACAUGUCCGAAGCCGGACAAGCUGGCAUGGUGGGUGUCUUUCGUUUCCUGUUCAACAAUUCUCGGGCCAGAAGUACCGAUAAUCAAUCAAAUCAUAUCUCAUCAUAUCUCUCUGGGGUGGGCAUGUUUGACUCUUCCUUGUUCCUGCCCAAUGGGAGAUACAUUUUGCGAGUCAUGCCCCAUAUGACUACAUGGUCUGGAAUAUCCGCCAGACAGCCAAGCGUAGGCGUGUCUUACGGGGAUCGGCCCGCCUUCCUGUGUCCAGUUCGACCUUCGCCAUGAGGGUCAUCUGUGUCCAACACUUGCCAGGGACAGGUGCUCAAUUUUAUCGGAUGCUCCAGCAAAGGGAAUGAGAACGGACAUUUGUUCGAAUAAUGGACGAGCACGGCCAGCGUCAGUGGAUGCUACAGUAACAUCAUGGUGGUUCGAUUCGCUGUUCCACACACCAGUUCUCGUGAGACGACCCGGUUCUAUUCGCUCGACAGUGCUCUUGGACUACUCACCCAGCUCGGUCUAUACUACUGAUAGCAUAUUGACCUACCCCACCUAUCACCCUAUAGCUUAACAUGAUGAAAGCGGCCUAGAACCGCUGUCGAAGAAAUUUUCUGACCCUCAAAUGCCUUAUAAUCUUUAUCAGAUACGAGCUGGCCAAGGUUUCCCGAGACUUAACCUAUAUUCACCACCACGUGGAGUCUGUCGCUCAUCAUCUCUGUACUGGAGCGGCGGGACUGACUUGAUAUCCCUUUUCGAAACCCUAGCACUGUCGACGACGACAAUCGGUCACAAUGGCCAGUGUGACCACUAGCGAUGAGACGGUGGAAAAGCCACGCGGUCUGAAAUCAAAGAUCGAGGCUUUCUUCAAGCCGGCACCUGGGGUUGAUACCAGAGAUGUCGCUGCCGAAGAGCGGGCUGUGGCAGACUCGGAAGAUGAGCCUGUUGAGAAGGACGCCCAAGCAGGUGUGCAGCGAAUCCAGGCGGCAGCGCAGGUUUGGACGACAUGGCACUUGAUUGCGGCACAUUUCUUUAUCUGGCUCAUCUACUGGGUGAUUUCGCUGCAGGAGAUCGUUGUCCGGGCCAUGACCCCAUACGUGACCAGUAACUUCUCCAGACACUCAUUGACUGCCGCGACCGGCAUCAUGUCCAGUAUCAUUGGUGGUCUGGCCAGGAUUCCUACGGCCAAAAUCCUCGACACUUGGGGCCGUCCGCAAGGUAUCGCACUCAUGACCAUCAUUUGGGCUCUGGGAUUCGUGAUGAUGGCGGCGUGCAAGAAUGUCGAGACAUAUGCGGCAGCACAAGUCUUCUACGUGACUGGAUCUCAGGGCGUCAGCUACUGUGUGACUGUCUUCAUCUCGGACACAUCGACGCUGCGAAACCGAACGCUGAUGCUCUCGGUGGCAACGUCGCCGUACAUCGUCACCGCAUGGCUGGGCGGGCCGAUCUCGCAGAGCGUGCUCAGCGGUAUAGGAUUCCGAUGGGGCUUCGGCAUCUUUGCCAUCGUGGUGCCCGUGACAGUUGCACCAUUGACCCUGCUAUUCAUCUACAACCAAAACAAGGCCAAGAAGCAGGGCCUCAUCAAGCCGCAGAAAAUCAACUUGUCGCCAAGGUCACUGAAGCAGUACGCCAUUGACGUCGACCUUCUGGGUAUUCUGAUCUUGGCCGCAGGCAUGGCCCUGUUCCUGCUUCCGUUCAGCUUGUACUCGUACCAGUCGGAGAAGUGGCGGUCGCCCAUGAUCAUCUGCAUGAUCACAUUCGGCGGGGCGCUGUUGAUUGUCUUCCCCUUCUAUGAGCGAUACCUGGCGCCCAAGACGUUCAUUCCGUUCAACCUGCUCCUGGACCGAACGGUGUUUUUUGCGGGGAUGAUGUUCGUGUUUGUGUUUUUCAACUCGUCCGUCUGGGGUGCGUACUUCUAUUCGAUGUUGCAAGUGGUCUGGGGCCUGAGCGUGACCAACGCGACGUACGUCAGCGCCAUCUAUCGAACGGGUUCGUGUGCGUUUGCGUUCGUGGUCGGUUACGCUAUCCGCCGGACCUGCCGCUUCAAGUGGAUUGCGCUGUACUUCUGUAUGCCGCUGAUGAUGUUGGGCGUUGGUCUGAUGAUCCACUUCCGCCAGCCGAACAGCGACAUCGGGUACAUCGUCAUGACACAGAUUUUUGUGGCUUUUGCGGGUGGCUCGAUUGUUCUUUGCGGCGAAUUGGCCAUGAUGGCCCCGUCCAACCACCAGCACAUUGCUGCCAUUAUCGCCAUCCUCGAUCUCUUUGGCAGUAUUGGUUCCGCUGCCGGCGGCACGGUCGCCACCGCCAUCUGGACGAGUGUUUUCCCCGACCGUCUGCGCAGGUACUUGCCUGCUGGCACCGACAUCUCCAGAAUCUACGGCUCGAUCACCUGGCAGAUGGCCUACAAGGAAGGUACCCCCGAGAGAGACGGCAUCAAUCGCGCCUACGGUGACGCUCAACGAUACAUGCUCAUCACCAGUUUGUGCUUGUUGGGCGCCGGAACCGUCUGUGUGGCGCUCUGGAGGGACAUCAAGGUCGACCGCAAGCAGACAAAGGGUCGUGUCAUCUAAACUCGAGAGAGAUUUUAGUAUACACCGCACAAAGGGCUCAUGGCACAGCACAGGAGCCGCAGCACAAAAGAAAAGGGGCACAGCACAGCAGUUGCUUGGUUGGGUACUGGUACCCAGGGUCAAAGCAGUGUCGUCUGUCUCAUUGCCCCACACAUCAUCACCUAUUACCGGGUUCAUGCACUCUGACAAUCGAUUGAGUAUUGAUUGCCUCGAGGUGUGCAAACCGAAAAGCUCCCUUCCUCCCCAGCACACACGAAAAAGCCUCUUGUUGUCCCCUACCGCCCACCAAACCAGUACAGCACACAGCAAAAUCAUCGGUGGAACGGUUGUCGGAACAAAUUUUUUUUCUCCCUUCUCUUUUUCCCUCACAGCGUGAGGCAGUUGGGAUUCUCCCCCUCAUUGGACAGUGGACACCCGGGUUUACCAGUCGAAUCGGAAUCGUGGACCAUGGAGCAGGAGCAAUAACAUAGAUAUCGAUAUCGCAAAUAAUAUACAUUCGUCUCUCG